AUGACUGACACAUUGGAGGUUGAUAAUACAAUGUAUACAUUUCGUUUUACUGAUUCUAAUCAAUGUACUUGUCUCAAUAAACAGCAACUUGAUUGUAUUCCUUAUUUAUCUGUUCUUGUAUCGCAUAAAGAUAAUUUUCUGUCAAAUCAAAAUGAAACUGGUGAAUAUUUAUUACAUCCUCCCUUUCAUUAUACUUGGUUUAUAGCUGUUCAACAUUCAAUUAGUUCCGAACAACCGUAUACUUUAUUCACUGAACUACCAGAACAUGAAAAUAUAUAUUAG